AUUUUAUUUCAACCAGCAAAAUAAGAGGUGUAAUUUUGUCUUUUUAAUGCCGUCGAACUUCGUCGUCGAACGAAGCGGGUUUUUUUAUCUUUCUCUAUUUACUUUGUUUCUGUGGUGUGCCCAGUGAAACAAGGAAUGGGAUGAAAGGAGAAGGAAGACGUUACCGCGACAGACCAAAAACCUCAGUCUUAAUCUUAAGCGCUCGUGGACUGUUAUUUCUGUUCUCAUAACAGUGUCUUCCUUUUUUAUAUAUGGUCUAUAUCUGUCAAUCUAUUCCUAAAAUAAAAAUGUGAACUUAUUUUGAUUUUAAUAUCUACAUUUAAAGUUCAGUGUACAAGAUUUAAUGAUAGUUAUAGUUGUUAAAACGUAUCUUACAAACAUCGCUGCUCAUUCGUAAAUCUAUUGAAAUGAGCGGGAGAUUUUUUCCCACUGUAACGGCGUGGCUUCCAUAUUUCUUUUAAUUUCGCAGAAACUCUCGUGUCUAUGUUUUUUUUUCUUCGUUUUCUUGAACGCACAUUGCAGCUGAACAAGCCAGAAUCAUGCAAGUUGACGCCUCCUUUGUUAUUUGUUUUUCUUCUCUCUUAAAUCUUCGUAGGGCUUUGAAAACUUGUGUCAUUUAUAGCUAUAAAAAUAGUAUUAAAAGUGUUGAGUAUUGGAAGGUUAAAAAGGACUUAAUUGCUACAUUCGUGAAUGUGGAAAUCCUUACUACGAUAGAAAUAGAAAUAAAACUGGGAUUUGAUGACAAUGACAAUUUUAGAACUACAAAUUCUACUCUCGUCUCUGAUUUUCUCUUCAAAAUAGAAUGCAUCAGAAAAGUUAGGAAAAGAAAAAGACUGGUGAGAGGUGCUGUACCUAAUAAAUUCUCAUGGCAGAAAAAACCCACCCUAUCCGUAAGACUUGCACCCAAAAUGAGUGAGGAUAUCCCAUGUUCUGUCUCAGUAGUGAAAGCAAAAGUGGAAGAAAAUUUUUUAAGGGUCUAUUUACAUUACAUGAAGCCAUUUACGCCAUUUAAUUUUAGUAAUAACUUUGCUUCUGAUUGCCCGGGAAGAAUGAAAAUAUCAGCUUUGACAUAUUCUUGCAUGUAGAUUUCAAAAAAUGUUCACAAGAAGUUGCAUCAAAAGUUGUUGAUCCGAUCAAAGUAAUAAAGUAAUUGGUUGUGAGGUGUAUUCUGCAUAGCUUUCAUAGUUCUUUGCACCAUUUUACAUUAUUCUGAGAUGAUAUUAGCUUCUGAAAAUGAAAAGAUAGCUUAUUGUGCAUAAAUUAUUACUAAAUACUCGUGGAAAAAUCCACGGGUUCACCCAUCCUUUAUAUACAGCAUUUCGUGUGUCUCGCUACUUUUGUGCAAAGACUGUUAAAUUUACCGCCCGUUAUCAAAAUUUGAUCGUGUGAAAUCGAAGUUGUGAACUUUAUGUCUUGACCUGGUGAGUAAUGUCUUGUGUUGUCAUGGUUUUUGCAUAUUUUAUUUAGUGUCACCAAAUGCUCGUUAUAUAUAUUUGUGUCAUUAGGGAUUUAAUUUGUCUAUAUGUAUCUGUUUUAUAUUCGAAGAAGGAUGUAUAUUUUCAAGAUUCUUAUCACUGUAUAACGCGAACGCGUCCGUAGAAAAACUUUGUAAAAAAGUUCAAAAAGUUAACAAAUUCAAAUGCCAGUGCAAUUCGUUCGGGAAAUUUUAAUAACUAAGAACGCAAUUUUAUUGAAUAAAAUAUUCGAAUUGUUGUAACUCAUCAUCAGAUUCAUUCCCUAUGAAACAAAUAAAUAACAGUUUAAAAAACUGGCAACUGAUUUGACGUAAAUUGAGACUUACUAUCGCAGCGUCUUGGCAUAGAAUGGCUAUCGGACAGCUGUCACUCCAUGCCGAUCGUGAAAGUGACAUAACAUGUAUCGGAUAGCUCUUAAAACGAUAUUUUUUUAAAUGGAAACAGGUGCGGCAUGCUUGAACUUAAUAAAAGUAAUGACAACUUGUUCAGUUUUUGUUUUUUGCUCAAAAUGGCGUCGAGUAAAGUUGAUUUGAGUAAGCAAAUACACCGGCUCACAGUUUCAAAAAAAUACUGCGCGCGCAUAUCAUAACAUUACGUAAUACAUAUGCGCGCGCAGAAAAGGCAGUAAAGUAUCUUUCGCUCAGAGAAGUCAAAGGCAAAGAACGUUUUAUUUCAGAACUUAUACUUACAUUUUUCAAGAAAAUCUGGUUAUAGUGGAUCCACCAAGUAAAAAAGAAAACGGGUUACGUAUGCAGUUUUGAGUUGUGCCAACAGCGAGUACAACCUUGAAGUUUGGAGGGAGAACGUCUGUGAUGUUUACAAUGUUACCAGACGUUCUGAUGCAUGCUCAUGUAAAGAACCUUACAGGUGAGAAAAUAUUUUAUACAGGUUUAAGUUUAUAGCCAAAAACUAGCAGUAAUUAGCAAAUACCAAAGUCAAUAAAGGGUACCUUUUAGGUCUUGCUAAAGGGCUAGCUACCUAGCUAUACAUACUAUUUUUUAUUUUAUUUUUAGCUAGCUUGUUUACCUUUCCUUCUAAAACCAAGAGAUCUGAUGCUCAUAAUAAAUGGAGGCAACUUAUUAAUUGUGCCAGCCCAAAAAAAUCCAGCAAAAUUGAUGACAGUUACUCAAACAACGGGUUUGUUCCAAACAUUUUGUUGGCAGGGAACCAUCAUACGAGCAUCCUUAUCCAACUGUAUGUCUUGGUUAUGAAUCAGCUUCAAGGACUGAGAAGUUUUUACCCUCUGCAACACGUCGACGAAAGUUGUCAUAUUCAACAUCGUCAUAAAAAAAGCAAACAUCUAAAACAAAGAAAGUGGAUCCCAAUAUUGAAAGUCCUUGUAUUAGUAGCAUAGCAUCAAACAGUGACAUUAAUAUUGAUAUUCAAAUUCCUGGUAAGCAUUGAAUCUUGUAUUUCUUCACCAUUACCAGAGUUAUUGUCACCUAAUAGUACAGUAUCAUCUAGCUUUUCACCCCCACAAGAGAUGAUUUCACCUAACCUUGUUUCACAUCAAGAUAAUGCAGAUUUUACAGUUUCGGAUUCAAAUAAGGAAAGAGAAUUACUUUUAAAUCCACUCUCUGAAAAUAUCCUGAAACUAAAAGCCAAAAACAAACUUUUGAAGAAGAAAAUCGUGUCACUUACUACAACAAAAAAAUUAAUUAAAAAUCAAUUCAAUAAACAAUCUGCCACCCGUAAUGUGUUACAUCAAUCUGUUAACAAUUGUUCAUGCAAGUUACCUCCUGGUAAAAAAAACGAAAUACGAAAAACAAAACGGAUUGCAAAUUUAAGAAUCCUGGUUGACUCAAGUUUUUUCGUAUCUUAGGUUCAGAGUACCCAAUCAGUAUGAUUAAACUGUUUGAUGAUGUUAUUGUGUGCGGAGCGUUAUGUAACCUUGGCAAAUCUAUCAUCUGAUGUAUAUAUGAAUAUAUAUAUUCAAGAUUUGGAUUUCAACAUAUAGUAUGGAAGACACAAGCGCAAAAGAGAAGUUAUUUUGAAGAUGUUGGUUGCUGAUUCUAAUAAAAGAACAAACAAGAAGAAUAAAGAACGAAAUCUGCCAAGAUACUGGGCAAGACCCUGUAGAAGUAAUGUCUGCUUCACAAAAAGAUAUUAAACCGAAAAAUCUUCAAAUCAUCGGGACUCUCCCACUGGUUUAAAUUUCAUCUUGCACUCAAACACGGGUUUUUUGAUAAUAGUAUCCAUGGUGGAGAACACUAAUGCAAACAGCACUUCCCGUAUUAAAACGAAUUAAUAAUAGAAACUGUUUCCAUUAAAUAAAAAUAUCAUAUUGAUUUUUGAGACGCGACGCUUCGCUAAAUUGUCUAACGGAAACUAAGUCUAAGUAAUUUUAUGUUUUAUGUUUUCUUUAGAAUUAAAAGCUAAAGUUAGAAAGUUGUUGUGUAUAUAUAAAAUGUAUUCUGAAAAUAAUAUGGUAAAGCAACUUUGAUCAUUUGGAGACUUCUAAUAAAGAUGCGACGAUCUUCACGUUUUAUUGCUGCACUUAUUGUCAUCUUACUGAUCUUGUGUUGGCUAUACUUUAGUAACGUUACACUAAAAAGGACAAGAAAAAUCCAACCAGAAGAAAACAAGGACAAGGAAAUACCCUUAAACACAUCUGCCAGUAUUAAUUUACCGGAUGAAAAUGUAAAUUUAGAAAUGUUAAAAGAAUUUGAACUUCGUCAUACACUUGUUCCACCAAUACCCUUAAACAUAUCUGCCAGUAUUAACUUACCGGAUGAAAAUGUAAAUUUAGAAAUGUUAAAAGAAUUUGAACUUCGUCAUAGACUUGUUCAACCAAACAACACCUGCCUUUCAAUUCAGCGAUUAAAAAAGAUUGUGUUAGCUGUUAACUUUAACUUUCCUCAUUACGCAGCAGUACCCUUCUUAAAACCAUAUUAUGAACCUGUUUUUGGCAAAGUAAUAUUCUGUGGACAAGACGAAGACAAGAAACAUGGAGUGAUUAAGAUCAGUGAAAACAAAGGUUACCAGGGUUACCUAUGUGUUACCAUGGCAAUAAAAUUAUAUCCAGGCUAUGAUGGUUAUAUUCAUACUAAUGAUGAUGUGUUGAUUAAUUGGUGGAAUUUAUUAAAACUUAACGAUUCUCAAAUAUGGACAUCUUCUCUUUUAAACUUGCACAGGGCGUACGAGUUUGGCAAACCUGUGCCUAUAAAUGACUGGUACUGGUGGAAUGAUCAAAAUACUCCUGCAGCAUGCGAAGCAGCCUUUCGUGAAGUAAAAGGCAUAAUCAGCAAACCGGAAAAUUUAUCAUUUUCUGGCGAAAUAUACUUACGGAGGUACUAUAAAAACACUAAAAAUAAAGAUUUGUGUAUUAACGGUUUUUCAGACGUUUUUUACAUUCCCAAAGAACAUGCACCGGCUUUUCAAGUAUUUGCCGAAAUAUUUGGUAACAAAAAAGUGUUUUUAGAAGCUGCAGUUUCCACUAUUAUGACUUUUCUUGUUAACGAUACUAAUUUUAUCCAGUUACCAGGUGUCUAUCUGAACAAUGCCUAUGGAUACUCAAAAACUUAUUUGUCAGGUGAAGCAUUUUACGAAAGCUAUACUGUUGAUCUUUACGUUCUGCAUCCAUUCAAAUUGGAUGGAGCAAUGAAGAAAGCUAAUCGAAAUAUGUUUAAUGAAGUGGUAGUAAAAUAUGGCGAAAACUACCGUAAGGACUGUUAAGUAUCGUUUUUUCAAAAAAAGUUUUAAUAUUUUUAUUUGGAUUUUUAUAUACCUUAUGAAGAAAAAAUACUUCAGGGAAAUACGAUGGCAGCUUAAUCGAAA